GUGUGUGGCCGGCCCGUGGUCCCCUCGGUGCCAUGGAGAACCAGGUGCUGGUGAUUCGCAUCAAGAUUCCCAACAGCGGCGCGGUGGACUGGACGGUGCACGCCGGGCCGCAGCUGCUCUUCAGGGACGUGCUGGAUGUGAUAGGCCAGGUUCUGCCUGAAGCAACAACUACAGCAUUUGAAUAUGAGGAUGAAGAUGGGGAUAGAAUUACAGUAAGAAGUGAUGAAGAAAUGAAGGCUAUGCUGUCAUAUUAUUAUUCCACAGUAAUGGAACAGCAAGUGAAUGGACAGCUAAUAGAGCCUCUGCAGAUAUUUCCAAGAGCCUGCAAGCCUCCUGGGGAACGGAACAUACAUGGCCUGAAGGUGAAUACCCGGGCAGGACCCUCCCAGCACACUAGCCGGGCAGUCUCAGAUUCACUUCCAAACAGUAGCUUAAAGAAGUCAUCUGCUGAACUGAAAAAAAUAUUAGCCAAUGGUCAGAUGAAUGAACAAGACAUACGGUAUCGAGAUACCCUUGGUCAUGGCAACGGAGGCACAGUCUACAAAGCGUAUCAUGUCCCAAGUGGGAAGAUAUUAGCUGUCAAGGUUAUACUAUUAGAUAUUACACUGGAACUUCAGAAGCAAAUUAUGUCUGAAUUGGAAAUUCUUUACAAGUGUGACUCAUCAUAUAUCAUAGGAUUUUAUGGGGCAUUUUUUGUAGAAAACAGGAUUUCAAUAUGUACAGAAUUCAUGGAUGGGGGAUCUUUGGAUGUAUAUAGGAAAAUUCCAGAGCAUGUCCUUGGCAGAAUUGCAGUAGCAGUUGUUAAAGGCCUUACGUAUUUGUGGAGUUUAAAGAUUUUGCACAGAGAUGUGAAGCCCUCCAAUAUGCUUGUAAACACCAGAGGGCAGGUGAAGCUGUGUGACUUUGGAGUGAGCACUCAGCUGGUGAAUUCUAUAGCCAAGACGUAUGUUGGAACAAAUGCUUACAUGGCGCCUGAAAGAAUUUCAGGGGAGCAAUAUGGAAUCCAUUCUGAUGUCUGGAGUUUAGGGAUCUCUUUCAUGGAGCUUGCUCUUGGGAGGUUUCCAUAUCCUCAGAUUCAGAAAAACCAGGGAUCUUUAAUGCCUCUACAGCUUCUGCAGUGCAUUGUUGAUGAGGAUUCGCCUGUCCUUCCGGUUGGAGAGUUCUCUGAGCCAUUUGUACAUUUCAUCACUCAGUGCAUGAGAAAACAGCCAAAAGAAAGGCCAGCACCUGAGGAAUUGAUGGGCCACCCGUUCAUCGUGCAGUUCAACGACGGAAAUGCCACCGUGGUGUCCAUGUGGGUGUGCCGGGCACUGGAGGAGAGGCGGAGCCAGCAGGGGCCUCGGGAAGCCUCAGUGGGGCGCUGACAGCCCCCCCCCCCCCCGCACCGGAACACUUGCCAGGAAACAGCCCACCGGUGGCUCCUCUUCAUUGCCUGCUCCAGAAGAGCUUUGCUGGCCCCGCUUCCUGCCCCUGCCCCUGCCGGAGGCGGCCCUGCCCCGGAGGCAGGGAACGGAGGCUCCUGCACCCACACCCCCCUUCUGUUUUCCUAACACUCUUCUUUGUAAAGGUCAGGCCCUUCAGCAGCACUGAUGGGAAUAAAAGUAUUACUGUUUGGGGACUCUCUCGUCCAGGGAGUU